AUGUCCCAAACCAACGUAGCCCUCUACUCCGAUCUCAAGGACAAAAUCGCUCUAGUGAUCGGAGCCGGACAAUCAGGCGACCCUACUUCCAGAGCCUGGGGCAAUGGAGCCGCCAUCGCCAAAGCCCUAGGCUCCUCCGGAGCCAAAGUCAUCGCCAGUGACGUGAGCCUCGAAGCAGCACAACGCACGGCAAGUCGUAUCCAAGCCGAGGGAGGAUUCUGCGAAGCGAUCCAGCUCAACGCAACACUCUCCAGCGAUAUCAAAAGAGCCGUGAACCAACUAGUCGAAACACAUCACCGGAUUGACAUCCUCAUCAACAACGUCGGUCUCACCAAAACCGGAGACCCAGCAACAAUGUCGGAAGAAGCAUGGGAUGCCCAAUUCCAACUGAACCUGAAGACAACCUUUCUUACCUGCAAUGCUAUCCUACCAAUCAUGGAGAAGCAAGGCUCAGGCUCUAUAGUCAACAACGCUAGUAUUGCAGGUAUGAAGUAUCUGGGAAAACCGCAGAUUGCAUACGCCUCGGCGAAAGCGGCGGUCAUUCACUUCUCGAAAAUCACGGGCGUCAUGUAUGCUAGCAAGGGGGUGCGUGUUAAUUCGGUUUCCCCUGGGAUGGUCUUUACGCCGCUUCUGGAGAAAUUGGGGGCUAGUGAGUUGCCGGAAGAGCGUGAGACAUAUAGGAAAAUCAUGGAUCAUAAUGUGCCUAUGGGGAUCAUGGGGGAUGCUUUUGAUGUUGCUAAUGCGGUCACGUUCCUGGCUAGUUGUGCGUCGCGCUAUGUUGUUGGUCAGAACUUGGUUGUUGAUGGUGGACUCACGGAGUCGACUGGAACUGGGGAGCGAAUUGCGUUGGCUAAGAUUUGA